UUGAUCUCCAAAGCGCCUCUGAAGUUGGACUCGCCCCCGGAGUUCGGGGCCACCGUCCUGAAUCACUCCAUGAGCCUGGUGCAGCGUAUGGAGGGCCUCCUAACAGCAGGGAACGGCAGCGACGUCACCCUCCGUGUGCUCACCGUGGACACGGACGAGGUGAAGGUGAUACAGGCCCACAGUCUGGUGCUCACUAUGCAGAGCGACGUCUUUGAGGAGAUGCUGGUCAGCCGCAAUGGCAGUGCUUUGGUGCUGAGGGAGCCGCCCGACUGCGCCGCCGUCUUUGAUAAGUUCAUCAGGUACUUGUACUGCGGCGACGUGUCUGUCCGUCUGGACCAGGCUAUUUCUCUGCACAAGCUAGCCAGCAAGUACCACGUGUGGAGCUUGAAACAGGGCCUGACCCAGUACAUGAGCCAACAUCUGUCGAGCGACUCGCCCACAGGCCACGUGGUGGGUUGGUACAACUACGCGCUGCAAACGGGGGACACGGCCCUCCGGGACAGCUGCCUGCAGUACCUAUCGUGGAACCUGUCGUCGGUGCUGCAGAGCCAGGAGUGGGUGUCCAUAAGUGAGGAGCUACUCCUCUCCUUGCUCCGGCGCUCGGAUCUAAUUCUGCAGACGGAGCUGGAGCUGUACGAAGCCCUGGAGGCUUGGACGGAGCGGAACGAGCCAGUGGGGAAGACGGCAGAGACGGCCCUGAGGUUGGUCCGCUACGGCAUGAUCCCCCCGCAGCAUCUCUUCCGUCUCCAGAAGCAGUCGGCCCUCAUGCAGAAGUAUUACGAGACGGUGCGGGAUCUCCUCUACCUGGCCUUCCAGUUCCAUUCAGCCUCGCCCGUCACCUUGGCCAAAUACUUUGACGUCAACUGCAGCAUUUUCACGCCCCGCAACUACCUGUCGUCCUCCUGGGGCUCCCCUUGGAUCAUCAACAACCCCACGCGCGACGACCGCAGCUUCAGCUUCCAGACCCAGCUGGGCCCUAGCGGCCACGACGCCAGCAAACGGGUCACGUGGAACUCGCUCUUCUCGCCUCGCUGGCUCCCCUUGAGCGCCAGGUCCACUUACACCGAAAUGGGCGCCAUGCAGCCCACCCGCACCGACGGAGGGCGUCCCCGCGUCAUCGUCACGCCGGCCACGUCCAGCCCGGACUUUGCCGGGGUGAGCUUCCAGAAGACGGUGUUGGUGAUGGCCCGGCAGCAAGGCAAAGUGGUGGUCCGCCAUGUUUACAACUUCCACCAGAGCACGGAGGAGGUGGGAGACUUCCUGGAGGGCGCCGACCUCCAACGACGCGUGUCCGAGUACCUGAUCGAUAGCUCCCUCUAUCUACACAUUGUGAUAAAACCACUUUACCAUACGUUGCUCGUUGCCAAGAAGUAG